UCUGCUACUGACAGUGGACUUUGUCCUUCUGCUUCACGAGGAAGUCUUGGGUGUAUGUCGAUCAUUGAGGUGCGAGAUUAAAAUAUGAGUUGUGUUUGUACUAAAAGAUAAAUAAUACAGCUACAUUCAUCUACCAGAGGUUAAAGGUGUGUUAGGUCAGUGCUGAAGAUGUCCAGGAGUAACAGUCUCUUUGGCAAUGACACCCUAAGCUACGCAGGAUCGCUCCAGUCUAAUGGUUACUCUACUAUGGAUGAGGUGUCAUCACAGGUGUCAAAUCUGUCAAGGCCCAGUGCAAAGUCAAUUUACUUGCAAAGGAGGGAGUACGCAGUAUCAGUAAACAAGAUGAUGGACAAACUGCAGUACAGAGUGGAGCACUUGUUCACAUGUGACCUGAAUGGGAAGGAGUUGAGAAACGUAGAGGACUGUGUGGAGCGGCUGAAGGUGCUGGAUGGGAUGGGUCGUGUGUGGGGUCAGAACAUGGUGCUGGAGGUGCGCGGAGCCAACCUGAUGCUCACAGACGUUGAAACCAAGGAGGAGCUGGAGUCCAUGGCUCUCAGUGACAUCCUGGAGCUAAAGGCUGUGCUUAACACCGGAGUGUUUAAAUCCCUGCUCACAGUGUCGGUCCAGCCAGAUGGAAAACAAACCACCACUGUCUUCAUGUUUCAGUGUGAAGAAGUCAGGGCUGACUUCGUUCAAAAGGAGCUCUCGAGAGCAUUGUCACGCAGGAGAGAUAAUUCGAGGAGCAGCAGCAAUGCAGGCCUAACAGCCAGACACCAGGGACUGACAAACCUUCAUGAAGCUUCACAAUCCUCAGAAGCUGAGGGGCAGAGGCCUGUAGCUGACCCGGUGCCCGAGUGGAUGGCCCCUGACUAUGAAGAGGAGGACGUCCCUGAGCCUGAACCGGUUGUACCUCAGAGGGAGGAGGAGGAGGAGGAGGAGGAGGAGGAGGCCCCACCACCCAGGGAGGAGAUACCAACACCGCAGCCCUCCACCACCGAAGAAGAACCUCCUUCACGCCCAUACACAGAGCUGAACAGGAGUGUAGAUAUCUUGAAUCAUAUCUUAAGUGACUUAGAAAUCUUCAUGGGAAAAGUAGCUGCGAUCGUGGCUAAAAAUGCAAAGAAGAAGAAGAAAAAGAAAAAAGGAAAAGCCAUGGAUGGCAUGCCUCCUACAGCGGAAUUUGUAGUGUGUUUCCAAAAGAUCAAAUGUGGUUUCAACCUUUUGGCGGACCUCAAUGGAAAAAUCAAUAACCCCAGCGCUCCAGAAUUGGUUCACUCCCUAUUCUCCACAUUAGCGUUUGUGGUGUCUCACUGCCCUGAGGAUCUGCCACAGACCAUCGUGGCGCCGCUGCUGACGCCUCAGUGUUUCCGUCUCCUGAGUGAAGAAGCCUCCACAGAGGAGGACCAGCUGUGGCAGUCAUUGGGCGACCCCUGGAACAUCCCCAGUACCAAAUGGCCAGAAGACGACGAGGACAUCCCAACGUACACUCUGGAGUUCUUUGACGGCUGGCAGCCCCCUGAAGUGACUGACGCACCUGAACCCCGUGAACCAAUAAGAAGAGAGGAGCGUCAACAACCUGCACCCAGCCAGACUGCAGAAAAGUGGACACCACCAAUUCAUGCCCCACAAAAAGCAUGCUCAGAGGAGUCCAAACCGUGUCAAAUGCGUGUUGUGUAUGACUUCAUCUCAAGAAACCACAGAGAGCUCACUGUCAAGAAAGGAGACAUAGUCGAGCUGCUGGACAAGUCGAAGCAGUGGUGGAAAGUGAGGAACAGCGGAGGGGACGAGGGCUUUGUACCCAAUAAUGUCCUGGAGGCUAGUGACGAGCAACAUGUCGAGGAGACUGAAGGUUCCCCUGUCCUCACAAAGAGGUCCAAGCCUGCAGACGUGAAAGCCUGGCUUGAAGACAAGGGCUUUACUAAAAUCACUGUACGUUGUCUGGGCGUGCUGAGUGGCUCCAUGCUGCUGGGGAUGACCAGAGAGGAACUGAAGACAGUGUGUCCAGAGGAAGGGGGACGAGUCUUCUUCCAGUUACAAGCAGUAAAGUCUGCCAUGGCUGCUGCCAUGUAAGAGAGAACAUCAAAGAGGAAGAACAAGAAAUCAUCAUGGACCAAAACCAGCCACCAAUGUCACCACAUACUGUGAGAUUUCAUUUCAUAUUGAGCAAUAAUACGUGAGGUUUGGUUUACAGCUUGUUUGGAAUUACAUGUCCUAUAAAACCUUGUAUGAAAUAAUAUAAAUGUAAUUUUGAAAUGUAUAUUAGCAGAGAAUAAACAUGAAAUCAAAUGAGUUGGUAAGUUAUUCAAUCAAGUGUAAAUUAAAGUGCAUUGAUACAAUGUAUAUGCUAUGCUAACAGUAAGACAUUUCAUAAAGUGUAAUGGUCUAAAUUAUGUAAAACAAAAUGUGGUGAGGAAAAAGCUCAAUCUAUGUGAUCAUUCUGUAACCUGUAAAUAAAAGUUAUCUGACAGAAUACAA